UCUUGUCAAGUCAACGUCAAAGACUGACAACAAAUCCACCGCGCAAAGUUAGCCCUCUUGUCAAGUCGAAUUAUCAAAACAAAGUGCAAUUUUUGGUUACCCAUCUGUUCAUUGCAGUAACUGGUAAUCCCGGAAAUUCUAAUCAUUCUAAUGGAACAGUGAAAUAAAUUGAAAUUUGUGUCGUUCAUAGAAAUUUAUAAUUUUGUAUUUGUUGACUGUAGCUUUAUGAAGAAAAGUGCUUUCGAAAGCGUUCAGAAAAUGCUGAAAAUAAUAGACAUAGGAGCAAACCUGACGGACCCCAUGUUCCAGGGCAUCUACAAUGGGUCUACAAAGCACCAGGCGGAUCUGAGCAACGUCCUAGAACGGGGCUGGAUUGCCGGGCUUCAAAAGGUGAUCGUUACCUGUGGAACUAUUUUCGACUGCGAGGAGGCGUUUAAAAUUGUUAACGAAAAUGAUAAGUUGUACACUACAGUUGGGUGCCAUCCUACUAGAUGUGGCGAGUUUGAGGCUGAUCCCGAAGGAUAUUUCACGUCGUUGUGCAAUCAAAUAGACAACAAUAGGGACAAAGUGGUAGCGAUAGGCGAAUGUGGUUUGGACUACGAUAGGCUGCACUUUUGCGAGAAAAAUACCCAAAAGAAGUUCUUCGAACAACAGCUAAAACUGGCUGAAAAAUAUCAGCUUCCGUUGUUCUUACACUGUCGCAAUGCGCACGAUGAUUUUAUAGAGAUUCUGACUAGGAAUUUGGAUAAGAUACCCAAACGAGGAGUCGUUCACACUUUCGAUGGAUCACUGGAAGACGCCUUAACGCUAAUAGAGCUAGGAUUCUACAUCGGCAUCAACGGGUGUUCUUUGAAAACGGAGGAAAAUUUGAAAGUUGCUGCCGAAAUACCCGAUGAUCGAAUAAUGGUCGAAACCGAUAGUCCCUGGUGCGAAAUACGGCCAUCGCAUGCUGGAUCUAAAUUCAUCAAGACCAAGUUUCCGGCAGUGAAGAAAAAGGAGAAAUGGGACAAAGAUAUGCUUAUUGCCGGGCGAUGUGAACCUGUUUUGAUAACUCAAGUGCUGGAAGUUCUCGCUGGAAUCAAGAACAAACCAUUGGAGCAGCUUGCAGAACAGUACUACAAUAAUACUGUGAAGGUUUUCUUUCCGUGAAUGAACAAAUCGCAACCGAUUUUCGAAAUUAUAUCAAUCUUUUUAUAAAUCGAGCUAAAGGUUAUUCAAACGAAAACAAAUUAUUAUUGAAAGAA